UCAACCUCCGUAGGAAGUCCUUCCUAGAAAACCGAGGGAGUGCGGAAGUUGUACACAAGUCUUUUUUCACACAAGUUGGUUACACAAAGGACGCGUGAACGGCAUAAACAGAGCACAUUAAAACAACCACUCGAGAUUUAGCUACUUUAUAAAGGCUCCAGUAUGGCCACCGCAGACACGGUGUACAACACCACAACGACCGCGCACGAGCCCAAAUCAAGCAAAUGGAUCAUCGUGCCUUCAGAGAACCUGGACAAAGUAAGAUGCGUGAUAAAAGUGAUUGAAGUGCUCCUUUCCCUUGUGGCUUUUGUGAUGGAGGAGGUGGUGUCCAGCUGUUUGCAAUGCGGACCACUCUACUUUUUUGAAUUUGUCAGUUGCACAGCCUUGCUCUUCACACUGUUGCUCCUCAUCCUCCUGGUCACACCGCUGCACCAGAGAGUUGGAAUUAACAGCUGGCCUACUCUGGAUUUUGGAUACACAUCAGUCAUCGCAGUCCUGUUUCUCUUUGCCAGCAUUAUUUUUGCGGCAGACAGUGGUCAAACGAGUCUGGAGCAAGGCGCAGUGGCAUUUGGCUUCCUGGCCACAGUGGCCUUCUUCAUUGAUUCGGGUCUGUUCUUAAAAAAUCGCGGUAUUCCUUGCCGGAAGGGAAACAAUCAACAAGCAGACAACACACCCAGACCAGAGAUUGAGAAACUCAAUGUUAAUGGGACGGACUCAGUGAACUGAAGCGUUUUACCAGCAGUCUGCUGCCGUUAUUUCUCUGUGUAGGGAUUGUUUUAUUUUGCCUUUACUUCUUUCACACGGAUAUCCUUUUUUUUUUAAGCAAACAAAAAAUAUUUUGGCCGUACAGAGUAUACUUUUGUAUCAUCACACACACACAUACAAAAAUCAUCAAAUCCUUGUUAGAGAGUAUGUGCGGCACAGGUUUUGACAGUUUAUACUUAUGAAUUAACAAGUAGAAAAAGAUGCACUGUAUUUCUUAAAGAAGUACUCAAUCCUGAUUGUUUUUAUAGUUCUAUAUGCAUUCCUGAAAUAAUAUAUUUUGGAGAAAAAUCAGGGUUUGAUCAGGUUGACCAUAAAGAUUUAUUAUUACCUGUUUUACGGCACAGGAAUAUGAAUAUAUUAUUAGAUAAGAGGCAAAAAAAUCAUGAAAUAUUUUGCACUGUAAACACAUGUCAUUAAAUUACUGUAAAGAUGUUUAGCGAGCUGUUGAAAUGAAUGAGGGGACAGCAAGAUGAAUAUGUUAUGGCCCUGUGAUUAUCAUGUUUUGCUCUGCAAGGGACGUCAGGGGUGUACAGUCAUAGAUUCGUUUUUUCUCUUUUAUUCAAAUGUCAUUUUUGUAUUGUGUGGAACUAGUUGUGUAUUUCUUUUGUGCUUUAUCUUGUUCCAUGUGAGCCCAGAGCUUGCUUUUUUAAGAAUGUUGAUCUAUGAACAUGAAGCGUUAAAUCGAAUGGAAGUUUAAUACCCUGACGGAUGUUCAUCUUUAUUUGGAGGUAUGAGCGUUCAGGCCCAAAUGUGUUUGUUUAAAUGCCCGUGGAGAUGAAUGGACUGCAAGUUUUCGGAGACACUAAUCAGCCUUACGCUUCCACCCUCCUGUGCUGUACAACUGACUGCUGCUUUCUGUGUUAAGAAUUGUGUAUAUUUUAAAUCCUGAUGCUGUGUUGAUGCUUUAAGAAAAGCCACUUUUUAUUAAUCCAUUUUAAGAUAUGGAUCAAUCAUCUGGUAAGUUUCAAUAUUGCUAAGGAUUUUGUUGAUUUUUAGUGGGUCUGUUUGAAUACAAGCAUUAUUUCUACAAAAAGUCACAUGGAACAUUUUACAGCACUGUUUUUAUAAACAUCUCUGCAUUCCAGUUAAGAAAUAAAUCGCUCCUGGGCACUAAAAAUCA